AUGGACGGUCACGGAGGCACCGUGACGUCGACCUCGUCCCAGUGGAGCGGAUCGGACGGCUCUGAUCUGUCCCCGAGGGACGUUAGAUGCGCGCGAGGCCCGAGACGGCGAGGAUGGCGGAGAUUGACGGCCAUUUUUAUCGGGACCCGGCAUGAGGAGGAGGAUGAGCGGGGAGUUGAGGGGAGCUCGGGGAGAGAACGCGGGGAGGAGCACGAGGGAAGGGGGAACGAGGAGGGCGGUUUCGAAGCGCAGAACCGUGGAGGUGGAGAAUUGCCUUUGGACGAGCGUGAUUAUAGCGGUGCUGAUUCCGCGGCUCUGAAUGAUUCGCACAGUAGAGAGUCACAAGGGUUCUGGCACUCGGCACAUAACCAUCCACAUGGCGCGUCCCCAUUGGAUCAGGUCGUGGUGGACACGUCAGCAGCACCCUCCGUGUCAUUUAGCGACGCACUCAUGAAAGAAGUCCUUCCCAGAAGCUUCCCGGAUGGGAGCGACGGGGAGGGGGAGCUGUGGAGGAAAGGGGAUGGCCUGAAAAAGGGUUUUAGAAGGGUGGGUCGGCGGAUUAUUCGGGCUGUGAAGAAGCGGCCUGUGCUCAUGAGACGACUGGCAGCUGUGAUUCUUGUCUGUAUCCUCGUUGCAGGCUGCAUGUUCCUCACAUGGUUGCUGAUGCGCUCCUAUACCACAUCAUCCCUCACCCACAUGGGCCGUAACAUGCGGGUGCAGCUGGUGCAGGGCGUAUCUGCAGGCAUGGACGCAGCCCUUGCUAGUUUACCCUCCUCCUCUGGUGCUCAGCCAGCAUCUGCACUACAAGGAACCUUCGUCUCCUUCUCAGGAGCCUCUCCUGGAGAGGACUCGUCGGGACACUUGCACACACACAUACUCCUCGCCAGAAUCACCAAUAACACUUUACUCUACACCGUCGCUCCUUCACAACCCACCGACCCCAGCCUAUCCGACGCUGCCACGUCAGCAAGCCCUGUUGCAUCUGCUGCAGCACAGUACCUCGCUUCCGCAGUCUCCCCUUCCCAGCUCCUCUCUGCCUGCUUCUUCUCCCCCGCCCCUGUCCCCCUGGGGAAAACCACAAACCCUGGAAACCUUGGAAACUCCGCGAACCUGGAAAGCUUGGGGGCUACUUUUAGCAGCCCCGCGGAGACUACCCCCCAGACUAUCGCCAAGACCACCACUGGGGGUACCGAGCAGCAGUACUAUGUGGACGCAUGCCCUGUCACUGUCAACGCCUCUGCCUCUGCUUCGAGCCUACAGGGGCCGGUGCAGCAGCAGCAGCAGCAGCAGCAGGGUGAUGCGCUGAUGGUGAUCUCCAUAGUGCCGUCGGCUCUUAUCCUCGCGCCCUUGGGUUCUGGCAGUGACACUGUCAGGGCGCUCUGCAUAGCCCUGCCACUGGUCGUCCUCGUUAUAGGCUUGCUGCUCGUCUGCAUGAAUAGAUCCACGGACUUAGCUCGAACUGGCCAGACACUGCGACAGGAGCUGGUGCGGCAGCUGGUGGAGAAGCACAGGGUGGAGCAGCGCAGCAACCACAAGAGCCAGUUCCUCGCCAACAUGAGCCACGAGCUGCGCACCCCCCUGGCGGGCAUCAUAGGGCUGCUGGACCUGCUGGCGUGCGACGCGCUCUCCCCCGAGCAGGAGGCCAUGGUGCUGCAGAUCAAGCGCUGCGCCUCGGGCCUGCUCGCCCUCAUCAACAACGUCCUCGACAUCUCCAAGAUGAAGCGCUGUGCCUCGGGGCUGCUCGCCCUCAUCAACAACGUCCUUGAUAUCUCCAAGGUGGAGGUUGGUGCGCUGGAGCUCAGUGUGGCGCCCUUCAGUAUAGUCACGGAGAUGGUGACACUGCUGCUGGACAUGCGUGCAAUGCAGUGCAUGCGAUCAAUCCCUUACAACCCUCCCUCUCCCCGCGCGUUCCUUCCCCUCCUCUCAGGUGGAAGUGGGUGCACUGGAGCUGACCCUAGCGCCCUUCAGUAUAGUCACAGAGAUGGAGACGCUGCUGGACAUGUUUUCAGUGCACUGCAUUGGCAGCUGGGUGGACCUCUCCAUGGAUCUCAUCUCGCAGACGACCUGCGGUUCCACCAAGUGGAGGUGGGCGCGUUGGAGCUCACAUUAGCGCCCUUCAGUAUAGUCACGGAGAUGGAAACAUUGUUGGACAUGUUUGCAGUGCACUGCAUCAGCAGCGGGGUUGACCUCUCCAUGGAUCUCGCAGACGACCUCCCGGACAUGGUGCUGGGGGAUGCAAUGCGGUUCCGCCAGCGAUGGUUUUGUGAUCUGCCUCUCCUUCUCCAACCUCCCCCUUUUCUCACCGAACCAACACUCCUUCUCCCUCCCUUUCUCACUGAACCAACACUCCUUCUCCCUCCCUUUCUCACUGAACCAACACUCCUUCUCCCUCCCUUUCUCACUGAACCAACACUCCUUCUCCCUCCCUUUCUCACUGAACCAACACUCCUUCUCCCUUCCUUUCUCACUGAACCAACACUCCUUCUCCCUCCCUUUCUCACUGAACCAACAUUCCUUCUCCCUCCCUUUCUCACUGAACCAACACUCCUUCUCCCUCCCUUUCUCACUGAACCAACAUUCCUUCUCCCUCCUUUCUCACUGAACCAACACUCCUUCUCCCUCCCUUUCUCACUGAACCAACAUUCCUUCUCCCUCCCUUUCUCACUGAACCAACACUCCUCCCUCCCUUUCUCACUGAACCAACAUUCCUUCUCCCUCCCUUUCUCACUGAACCAACACUCCUUCUCCCUCCCUUUCUCACUGAACCAACAUUCCUUCUCCCUCCCUUUCCCAGUCACGGACAGCCCUGGAGAGCGGCGCAGACAUAUAUUCUCUCGUAGUCACAGCAGGCACAGCUUACAGGCUCCAAGAGAAAUCACACUGGUAGGAGAAUCAGAGGAGGAGGAGCGAGAGGAGGAUGGGGUUGAGGAUGGGGAGGAGGAGGUGGAGGAGGAGGAGGGGGAGGAGGAGGAUGAAGAGAGCGUGAGGGGUCACAGGGGCAACCCACAUGGCUGUGCUCCUAUUAUGGCAGUAGCAGGGUGCUUACCAGGCAGCUGGGAACGAGUAGAGCAAGGGACAGCAGCAGGCACAGGUGGUGUAUACACAGAAGGCGGGGGAGGGAGGGGUGGGGGAGCGCGAGGGAGGGGUGAGGGAGCGCGAGGAGCCUUUGCCUGCGCACGUGGGUUUCCCUGUGCAGGUGGGCUGCCCUCCUCCUCAACCUCCUCUUUGAACCACUCUGCUAGCUUCAGGGAGCAGAGCAGCCCGCUGCUGGGGACCCGGGAGGGGGGAGUGAGGUUCUACAGUAACCGUAGGGCUCCAGGGGAGGUUAUGAGAGGGCUGUGCGUGGGAGGGGUGGCGGAUACGGCUGCUGAAUCCGACACAGAGGGGAGUGAGCUGGUAGAUAUAGUGAUUGAGGAAGGAGGAAGGUUGGGGUGGGGCGAAGGAGUGGGGAGGGAGGCUGGAGGUCAAACAGAUGGGAUAACCUGCAGUGGGAUGGGUCCAGGGUCAGCUGGGGAAGGUGUAGCUGAGGAUGCUGCAGAGGAAGGGGAGGGUGUACCUGGUGAGGGUCCACCUGGGGAGCGCCCACCUACGGGUGAUGAGGAGGUUCCACCUGGGGAAGGCCCACCUGGAGGGGAGGGUCCAGCAGUCGAGCCUGCCGCAGAUGACCGAGUUCUGAUAAUAUUUGAGGUGGACGACACGGGGUGUGGUAUACCACCGGAGAAGCGGGAGCAGGUGUUUGAGAGCUUCUCGCAAGUGGACGAGUCGGCCACGCGCGUGCAUGCGGGGUCGGGGCUGGGGCUGAACAUAGUGAAGGGGCUCGUGGAGCUCAUGGGCGGCCACGUGGCUGUUGCUGAUAAAGAGGGGCCCGGCGCCCUCAUUAGGUUCUCCCUCAUGCUGCCCUGCAUGCCCUCCCCUGUUGGUGCUGCUGCUGGUGGUCCUGUUGACGGUGCUGCUCGUAUGGAUGACCCAGAUCUAUCGGCAUCGUUCAUUCCAAGGUUUGGUGAAGACCGGUCGGAUCAACAAUGGGGCGAGCUGGUUCGCUCUCCUCCCCGACCAGCCCCUCCUGCUCUCAACCACAGCAAGGUUCAGGUGGUCUUGGCAAUGGAUGAAUGCCCUGGCAGGGCCACAGCAUCCAAAUGGCUGGAGGGCAAGAGAAUCGCUGUGAGGGAAGUGGGGGCGUGGGAGAGCAUUAAAACCGCACUGGACCACGCCAUCCACACCUCCCUGCUGCGCCGCCGAACCGCUGCCCUCACUGCUGCUGCUGCCACCAUCGGCCACAGGAAAAGUGCAGCUGCUGGGGUGGCUGGAAAGGGAGACGGAGGGGUGCAGAGUGGUGCAGAGGGGCGUGGAGAGGCAGGGAGUGGUUCUCAGGGAGGGCACGGGGGGUAUGUGUCGUCUGAGGCGCGGCGGCGGUCGUUCACUGCGCCAAUUGUGCUUGCAGGGCGUGUGGGUGCCUCCCUGGGUCCUGCUGCUGCUGCUGCUGCUGCUGCUGAUAGAGACGCUUCUUCUGCUGCUGCUGGUGUGGGAAGCCGCGGCCUGUGCAAUGCGCUGCUAGCCCCAGCAGAGCAGGAUCCACUGGCAGUGGGGGCGUCUGCUGCCACUGACCUGCCUCGUUUCAACAUGCACCAAGAGGGGGGACUCAGCAGCAGCCCUGCUGUUCGCCCCUUGCUGAUCCCUCCUGAUUUGGAAAGGCUGUGUGCUGACCUCAACGCAAUCCGCACCCAGACCCCUCAGAUGGCGGAGUCUCUCGUGGUGGCGUGGCUAGUCCCUCCAGGGGUGGACCCUCGCCUGCGUCGCUUCCUGCAGCAGCAGCACCACUCGCUCGUCACCACCCGCCCUCUGCACGCCUCACGCCUCACCCACAUCCUCUCCUGCUUCGCCCACGCCCUCAACGGGGACCCCAUGGGCGGAGGCUCGUCCCGAAACUCGUUCGCCAUGCUGGCUCCCACCCCACCCACUGCGGAAGUGCCUGUUGCGUCUGCUGCAGCAGAAGCUCCAGAGCUGAUGCAGCAGCAGCAGCAGGAACAACAGCAGCAGCAGCAGCAGCAACAACAGCAGCAGCAGCAGCAGCCACACUCCCCUGCCCACAUCACCACCCACGAAUCCUUGCAUUCUUCGAUAUUGCCAGCUGGUUUUCCUCAAAUUGCUGCUGCUGUGGCAGCACCCUUAGACUCCAAAGAGCCCAAAGAGCUUGCUACAGACUCAGAAGCAGCUGUAGCAGGAGUGGGAGAAGUGGCAGGAGGAGGAAGAACAGGAGCAGCGGACGCAGCAGCAGGAGGAGCAGCAGGGGCAGGAAUUGUUGCAGAGGCAUUUGGGAGUGGUGCUUCUGGUGCUGCUGCUGCUGCUGCUGCUGCUGCUGCUGCUGCUGCAAUAGUUUGUGGGUCUCCUCGUUUGGGUGAGUCUGGACGGCUGUCUCACCGCGGCUCUGGUGGCUUACCAACCAAGGGCCCUGCGUCUGCUGCUGUUCUUGCUGCCGCAACCAGCUACUCUCAGUAUUCCCAGCAGCAGCAGCAGCAGCAGCAGCAGCAUCAGCAGCAGCAGCAGCAGUCGCAGCAAGAUCAACCAGGGCAGCAGCAACAGAGCUUCCUGGAAGCAUAUGCCUUGGUAACUGGGGAUGCCAGUGGUAGCUCUCCUACUUCGAUUUCUCCUUCUGCUGCCGCUUCUACUGCUGGUAUGGGUUCAGGCGCCUCCUGGAGUGGGUUUGGCAGCUUCAAUGGCGCUGUGGUCGCUGCUGUGGUGGGUACUGCCACAGAGCUUGAUUCUAGAUCGUAUGAUCCCAUGGCACCGGCUUCUCUUUCUCCAUCCUCCAGCACAUCUCCUCCUGAUUCAGCCCUGCCUGCCCCAGAAGAGCCUUCCUCAGAAAUGCUGUGCUUAGCUGCGGCCACGGCGUCUUCUGUGGACGUCCCUCCGUCGCUCAACUCUGUGUGGGAGAGCAUCACACGCACAGCCAGGCACCAACCUGCUGCUGCUGCUGCUGCUGCUGCUGCUGCUGCUGCUGGCACUGUAGCAAAAGCAGUAGCAGCAGGAGCAGAAGCAAGAACACCAGGUGUGAGGGGUGGGGAGGGAGUGGAGGAGGUAGAGGAGGAGGAAGAGGAGGAGGAAGAGGGUGUGGGGAAGAAGGAGCGGGUGGAGGGAGGAGGAGGGAGACGACGCCUCUCUUUCAACGCUUGGCGUGUGCCUACGUCAGUCUUGCCCUCUGCUGCUGGUAAUGCUGCUGAGAUACAGCCGCCGACAACUGCUCUUACAACGCAGGAUCCCUCUGCGUCUCCUCGCACCACUCAGCACCCCGCUGCAUCUUCUCCCACCGUUCACCACCUCGCUGCAUCUCCGCACAUACAUGUGCACUCCUUGCAGCAACGUUCCCACUCAGACCAGUAUGCUCGCCCCACGAAUCCCACCAGUCUCGCCAACCCCCUCCACCCCCGCUCAAGCCUAUCCGACGGUCUAGAGCGGCUUCGAAUGAUCAAUCUAAAUCUGAGCCAUGCAUCUACUCUCGCCCAUCGCCCUUCUGCUGCUGCUGCUGCUGCUGCUGCUUCGCCGGCACUCGCUUCCCCCUCUGCGCUCCCUCAUUUUACCACUCUCGUGAGCCCGGGCCAGGGAGGCAGCCUCGGGCGAGGCUCGGCACAGAUCCGGAAGCUGAGUGGCAGCUUCGGCGGCAGUGCGCGUUUCGGUGGGAACACUGGGAAUCCUGGGGAGAGUGCAAACGGUGCUGCUGCUGGUGCUAGUGCUGCAGCAGGUGCGGGGAACCUGAGUGGUGUAGGGUUGGGCUGGCCAGGUCUGGCAAACCUGCCUCACUUUGCAUCUCUCUCCGGGGCAUCCCGGCUUGGUCUCAUCCGGUCUAUGUCAGCCGUGCACAGCUAUGCAGCCGCCUCCUCCCUCUCCAUCCUCUGCCAACCCACGAUGCUCUCUGGAAUCGGGUAUGACCAUCAGCCCAGUGUGCUGUCUGGUAUGGGUGGUGGCAUGGGGUAUGACCAGUCCGGUAUGCUGUCUGGGUUCGGGCCUAGCAACCUGGGGCAUGAAACCAUCUUUGAGGUGCGGCACAUGUCGGUUCAAAUGCCGCCCCACGAGUCACCUGGCAUGUCACCUGGUGUGUCACCUGGCGUUUCACCUGGCGUGCUGUCCGGCAUGCUGUAUGCCAUCGGGUCCGAGCCGAUACCGGAAGCAUAUACGACGUCACCUGGGCGUGGGAAUCCCCCUGGAAAUCUCCCUGGCGGAGGUAGUGGUAGGUAUGACUUGCGGGGGAGCGGGAGGAGCAGCAGUGGCAGCCCGAGUGUCCCUGGUGGUAACAGUAAGUAUGACCUAUGGGGAGGAGGAGGGGGGAGCAGGAGUGGGAAUCUCCCGGGGGUUAGUAAAUAUGACCUGCAGGGGGGACUCCGGGGGAGCGGAGGAAGCAGCAGUGGGAGGAGAAGGGGCAUGGGACUACAUGUGCGGGGGGGGAGUGCUGGAAGUGCCAGCGGGUUUGGAAUUCGUGAGAGCAGUGUAGGUGUUGGUAUGGGCAUGGGCAUGGGCAUGGGCAUGGGCAUGGGCAUGGGCAUGGGUGGUUCUACUGGUAAUCUGCAUGCUGCUCCGCCUUACUCCAGUGCCCACGCCACGUCACCUGCCCAUGCCACGUCGCCUUCCCAUGCCACGUCACCUGCCCAUGCCACAUCGCCAGCCCAAGCCCCGUCGCCUCAUUCCCAGCCAGUGGCUUACCACAGGAGAGGGGCGGCAAGCACAGAGCCGACAUUCUCACAGCCACCAGCAUACCUCAAAGGCAGCACCGUACUCUACUCCACCACCACCCACUCCACCCCCUCCAACCACUCCAAGCACCCAUCCCACUCCUCCCAUUCCUCCUACUCCUCCCAGCAAGCAGCAGCCAGCUCUCUCAGGCUGGGACUAGCAGCAGGCAGCCCAGCAGCAGCAGCAGCAGCAGCAGCAGCAGCAGCAGUAACAGAAGCAAUGUCGUCCCCUCACUCCCAGGCAGCAGGGUACCUACGAGGCUUUCACAGCAUGGCCCGCACCAGCUCUAAUUCGACCCGCAUGGCGCAUGCUCUAUUUGCAUCCCAAGGGAUGUCCCGUACCGAAUCCAACGCUCCGGAUGCAUCUAGCAAAGGCGUGUCUCGCACCAGCUCUGCUUCUCUUGAUGCGGCCGGCAAAGGCAUGCCCCAUGCCAGCCUGGCCCCCAGGAGCAUGCCUCGCACGAGCUCAGCCCCUCUGGAUGCCCCUCGCGUGCUGCCCAUGCCCAGAAGGUCGCUCCAGCACCACUCUGCUAUGUACCCUGCGAUUGGGGUGAAUGUGACGAGUGGGAUAUCUGCUCUAGAUGUGCCUCAGAAACACCACUCUGCCAGGCACACUGCAAUUGGGGCGUCUGUGCUUGAGGACCCUCAAAAACACCAUUCUGCCAGGUACUCUGCUAGUGGGGUGACUGGGGCGUCUGUUCUUAUUGAGGCGCCUAGACAAGAAUACCACUCUGACAGGUACACUACGAGUGAGGCGAGUGGGGGGAUUGGGGCGGCCGGAACGAGUGGGAAUCGGGAUGGUCUUGUGCGGAGCUUUUCUGCAGCGCAACCGACCGUACAAACGAGUGUGCACCCAGGCAUGCAGUCAAGCGUGCCGCAGGGCGUGCAAGCAGGCAUGCAGCUUCCAGGAGUGCAGGCUCAGGCAGGGCUCGCAGGAGGGGCAGGUGGGGAAAUGAGGAGAGGAGGGGAAGCAGAGGGCGCAUUAGCAGCUGGGGGCGCAGUGGGAGCAGUGGAAGCAGAGAGAGCAGGAGGAGCCACUUGUGCUGCUGCUUGUGCUGCUGCCUGUGCAGCUUGCAAUGCUGCUGGCAGAGAUGGUAACAGAGGUGGUAACAGAGGUGGUGACAGCAAGGAGGAGAGUGCGAUCUGUAGCGUGGAAGCAGGGCAGUCAAGAGUGCUGGCUGCUUCAGAAACAACCGAGCAGGAUGGGCACGCCACGGGAGGGAAAAUCCCUAGGACAGGAUCAGCCCUGGAGUUUGGGCUUCUGAAGGGGCUGUGUGUGCAAGUACCUGACGAUUCUGAGGGACGAGAUCUGCUCGGUGGUUUUGAAGGGAGAGACUUUCCUGGUGGCAUUGAGGAAAGAAACUUGCACGGUGGUUCUGAAGAGAGAAGGCUUGUGGGGAGAGGCUCUGAGGGGAGGGUCUCUGUGGCGGUUGUUAGUGAACCUGAAUUGACUUCAGGUGAGUCGAGGGAGGUGGAUGUUAACCUGAGGAAGCACCUGGAGCAACCAGCUGAGCAGAGAUUGCAGCAGACACAGCAGCGAGAUGAGGAGGAGCAGCAGAAGGGGAAGCUACAACCGUUGCAGCAGCAGCAGCAGCAGGUGCCACAGUCACCAAGCAACCAUCAGCUCCCUUGGCAGCACUCGUCAUCUCUCCUGCGCGCCACAUCUGCAACACCCAACACCCUGCCGAACCACCCAACGCACCUCUCCAUCGAAUCAACUUCCCAUGCCCAGAAUCAGCCCGAGCCGUUCCCCUCUCUCUCCUACACCGUCCCCCAACGCCCUUCCACGAGCCCUUGCUCUGGCGACAACCUGAGGGGGUUAUCCAGGCGAGGAAUGGGAGGGAGGGGGAUGGAGAGGUCUGGUGCAUGGGCUGACAGUGGGGAGAAGGGGGCGGAGGGGGGUGAGUGGGGAGGUGACACAGAAGCAGGAUCAACAGCAGCAACUGCCACAGCUGGAGAAGCAACAGGAGGAGCAGCAGCGGCAGGGGGAGCAGGAGGAGGAGGAGGAGCAGCAGCACGAAUCUCAGCAUUCAGCAGCCGUGUGAGCCAGUCAAGCACCCCUAGUCCGCGAGCAUUGCUGCCCUUUGGCUCGUUUGCAGAGGUGCUCAGCUCUGUGUGGAGUGGGAGUGAGAGGAGGAGUGUUGGGGGCGAGGGAGGGGCGGAGGGAGGGGGAGGGAGAGGGGGGAAGGGAGGAGGAGAGAGUGAAGGGGAAGGUGGGGGAGAGCGACACAGGGAGGGAGGGGUAGAGAGAGGGGGGGAUGGAAGGGGAGAGGGAUGGGGGGAGGGAGGGGGAGAGAGAGGGGGGGAUGGAAGGGGAGAGGGACGCGGGGAGGCCCUCUCCUCCUCCUCCCUCCCAGGUAGUGUUGGUCCGUCCACGCCCACCACCCCUCCCACAGCAGCCCGGCCGAGCUUUGACACCCUAGCCAGGCGAGCGCGGUCGAGCUUUGAAGUGCCUCAAAUCAAGGAGAGGCGAGGCAUGGCGGGACCACACACCCCUGGCAGAGACGCGGUUCCAGCAGCAGGAGCAGCAGGAGGAGCCGCAGGAAGAGCAGGAGCAGGAGCAGCAGCAGCAGCAGCUGGGGGAGGGUCGGCCAUGCCGACAGGCAAGCCCCUGGCAGGGCUGCAUAUUCUAGUGGUGGAGGAUACAGCUGUGCUGCAGAAGCUAGCAGCAUCCAUGCUGAGGAAAAUGGGUGCUCGUGUGGCCGUGGCGUCUGAUGGGCAGCAGGCUGUUGCUACCGUGCUGAGCUCCUGGGCGGAUGACGAUAGAAGUGCAGGUUCUGCUGGUGCUGCUGGUGCUGCUGGUGCAGCUGGUGGUGGUGGUGCUGCUGCUGCUGCUGCUGGUGAUUCCGCUGGUGCUGGUGGUGGUACUGCUGCUAGUAUUGCGGGUGGUAGUGGGGGCAGUGGCAUUGGCAGCAGGAGGAAGAGUUUCAGCAUAGCGCGAGAAGCAAUUCUGGCCGGCUCACCUGCAGCAGCAACAGAAGCAGCUGCAACAGCAGCAGGGCAGGAAGGGAAGCUAGAAAGGGCACGCAGUAGCAGCCCAGCUCCUAGGUCAGGCAACUCAAGCACCACGGGGGCAGGCAACACAGCCACUGCGAGCAACACAGGCAAAGCAGACAGCCCCCGCACCCCCAGCAGCACCGUCAGGUCUCUCUUCUCCUCUGCUGGCUCCUCCCUUUACGCUGGCUCUGGCCUUCAUGCUGCCGCUGCCUCUCCCUCAGAUGCCCUUCCCUCUGCCGCCCCCUCGCCCUCCGCGGGUUCCUUUCGCUGGAAGCCUCGCCGUGGCAGCAGUGGCACUGUCUCCUUCCUCCUCUCCGCCCUCCCUUCCGCCUCCCCUCUCUCUUCCACCCCUCUGGCCUCAUCGCUCUCGUCUAGCCCUCCUGUGGCAACAGCAGGGGGAGGAGGAGGAGCAACAGCAACUGAAGCAGGAGGAGGAAGGGGAGGAGGGGUUGUUGGGGAAGGGUGUGAGGCAGCAGGAGUGCAGCAGAGUCAGAUCAGUGCGCCCCUUGAAGUACAGCACGCAGUGGGGGGAGAGGAAAGGCCGAGAUCAUCAUUUUCCAACCCGUUUGAUCCAUCAGGGGCAGCUGUAGCAACAUCAGCUGUAGCAGGAAAUCAUGGCGGCAAUGCAGUGGCUACAGCUGGGGCGGAUGGGUCUAAGGGCGGUGUGAUGAAUGGAGGAGGGGAUGCAGCAGCAACAGCAACAGCAGCAGAUCAGUUUGACAUUGUGCUUAUGGACUGCCAGAUGCCAGUGAUGGAUGGGUACACGGCCACCAGGACCAUUCGUGCAGCAGAGAGGGGCACAGGGCGUCACACUGUCAUCUGUGCGCUCACUGCUCAUGCACUCGCCAGUGACGAGGCCAAGUGCAGGCAGGCAGGAAUGGAUGGGUACCUCACCAAGCCAAUCAACAUACGGUGA